CCGGAAGUUGGCUGAGACGGAGCGACGAGCCGGAAUCUGUGUGGAACCGUAGGGUGAGAACGUUCUCCUUGCUAGGGACUAACAAUGGACACCCAGAAGGACGUUCAACCCCCAAAGCAGCAGCCAAUGAUAUAUAUCUGUGGAGAAUGUCACACAGAAAAUGAAAUAAAAUCCAGAGAUCCAAUCAGAUGCAGAGAAUGUGGAUACAGAAUAAUGUAUAAGAAAAGGACUAAAAGAUUGGUGGUUUUUGAUGCUCGAUGAGACAUGGAAUUCAGAAGAAUAUCUUCAUUUGUAUUUGGAUUUGCUGUUAAUGUUGUUGUAUAGCUUUUGAUUAGUAUACUUUUCUUUAUGAAGACAACUGUAUACACAUGAUUUCAUUUUAAAACCAUAUUGUAUUUAGUAUCUAUUAAUAGUUUAUAUAAAUAAAUUACUUCUGUUCGAUUACAUGA